UUUAUCCUCAUGUAUGAAUAGUGUGUGUGUAUAUGUAUCUGAUACAGCAUGUUUCUUUCAGGUCCCCAGGACACAGUAACCCAUUUUACUCACCCACCUGGGAGGACAUCAUUGAUGGAUCAAACAACGCCCGUAGCCUGCCACACUCUGAUAAAGUGUUCUCCGAUGACAAUUACUCCGACCAUCCCUUUAUCGAUCCCAGGGAAUUCGAUGAGUCCUUCUCGUCAGUAUUUGGCCAGAUGGAUGACAUGUUUCACCAGCUGGAUGCUAUGAUGAGAGGCUUCCAUACCCCAGGCCAGAUGAUGAUUACUGAAAUACCCGGUGAGUGCUUUCUGCUUGGCGUUAUAAUUGUAUCAUGAUUACCUUCCUGGUAA